CCAAGGACCCAAAAGGCCGGCAGCGGGUGGACACGGCGCGCGGGGCGAGAGAGCGGUGGUGGGAACAGCCGGGCCGAACCAGUAGACAAAGAUUAACCUUUCUUGAAGAGGACAUGUGAUUGGAAGUUGUCUAAUUGUUGAAGUAUUGGGAACUCUAGUUUCUAAAGUUUUAGAAAAACAACAAACAAUUUUCUACCUUGUCAAGGUGAAUCACUGAGUUCUUCAUUAUGUCUGAUGGAGACUAUGAUUACCUCAUCAAGUUUUUAGCUUUGGGUGAUUCUGGAGUGGGGAAGACCAGUGUACUUUACCAGUACACAGAUGGCAAAUUUAACUCCAAAUUUAUCACAACAGUGGGCAUUGAUUUCAGGGAAAAGAGAGUGGUGUACAGAGCCAAUGGGCCAGAUGGAGCUGUUGGCAGAGGCCAGAGAAUCCACCUGCAAUUAUGGGACACGGCUGGGCAGGAGAGGUUUCGUAGCUUGACAACAGCAUUCUUCAGAGAUGCUAUGGGUUUUCUUCUACUUUUUGAUCUGACGAAUGAGCAAAGUUUUCUCAAUGUUAGAAACUGGAUAAGCCAGCUACAAAUGCAUGCAUAUUGUGAAAACCCAGAUAUAGUGUUAUGUGGAAAUAAGAGUGAUCUGGAAGACCAAAGGGUAGUAAAAGAAGAGGAAGCCAGAGGACUUGCAGAGAAAUAUGGAAUCCCAUACUUUGAAACUAGUGCAGCCAAUGGGACAAACAUAAGCCAGGCAAUCGAGAUGCUCCUGGACCUGAUAAUGAAGCGAAUGGAACGGUGUGUGGAUAAGUCCUGGAUUCCUGAAGGAGUGGUGCGAUCCAAUGGUCACACCUCUACAGAUCAGUUAAGUGAAGAAAAGGAGAGGGGGAUAUGUAGCUGUUAAAUAGUCAGGUGAACUACACAGCAAUUCAAAUGGCCUGUGUCUGUAAUCUUCUCUAUGGUUGACACAUAGCACAGUGAAAUGAGAAUAGGCACUGUGUAUGAACUGCUUCUCACUAUUCCUACUAGACCUAUCAAAAAAGCAUCCCCUUUUAAAAUUAAUUUCUUGCAGCUUUGUAAAUAUUUCUUUACAAUUCAGCCAGAGAGUUAAGAGAAAUAUUUCACAGAGCCAAGAGUGCCUUAUGAAACCUUUGCCCAUGGCAGACAAUCAUACACUGCCAAAGAGUGCAUUUGUUAUAUAGAAUGACUGAGGAUACUGUCACCUGCCUUACUGCAGAUAGGCCCAGAGUCUCAGAUUCAAGGUCUCUUAGAUGCAAUUGUAAAACCAUCACAGUCUUGAAUGCAAAUUUUGAAAAAAACUAUUUGUACCAUAGGUCAUGUCUAAAAUGCCGUUUAAACCACUUGAAUGUUAAACAAGAAUAUACAUGCACAUCAGUUCACUGUUUUUGAGUAUUGAUUUUAUGUCAGCAUUACCUUUAAGUGAGUAUGGAGCAAAUUAUGGCUGAAUCUUAUAAACCAGGAUAAACUGGAUUAACCAGUUGUAUACUCACUGUAAUUUUUUGUUGGUGGGAAAGGGAUUGGGGAAAGGGGCAGGGGUGUCUUAAUGUAUGAGCAACUGAAGUGGGGCUUCUAGCUCCCUAUUAUAUUCCCAUUACUCUGAAGGACUGAUUGAAGGCUCAGGGGAAGUAGAUUUUAUGGCUUCAGUUCACCAUGGUCCAUACAUUUAUACUUGGCCUAUGGGCUGGCCACAUCUGAACCUAGCUGGUGCUUAUGCUGAAGUUAUUUGUGAUAAGCAACAAUUAAGCUUCUUAUUCUUUGUAUUUAUAAUGUUAGUCUGGUUGCCUUACACUGCAGUUUCAAUUAGUUUGUAAACUAUUUCUGUCUUCACCACCAGGCUCUGUAUUGUUGAUACUUAAAAUUUGUUUUGUUUUUACAUUGGUGGAAUUGAAGGAAUUAGUUUUUAUUUACAUAAAAUGUCUGUUUGCUAAUUAGUGGAAAACAGAUAUUUGUAUUUAAUUUUGUAGUCACAUUUGUACUCUAGUUUAAGAAAAAUUAAGUGUUUUACAGCCCAUAUUUUUGCUUGAGAUCAUGGGCCUUUACUGUACAUGCUGGGUCUUGCCAAGGUCAUGUAAUUCUGCUGCUGCAUUGCCAAAGUGUCUUCAUAGCAAAUUAAAGAUGGUUUAGAAAUAUGCUUUAUGGCAGUUGUUUAUAAAGUUCAAAGGUAUUUCAUUUAGAGGAAUAUUCUUAUUUAUUAAAGUGGCUUAAAUAAAGUAGAUUAAAAUUUCCAGAGAGCUUAAUAGCUAUUUAGGAAGAACUAUCACUUGUUAUAAUUUAAAUAAAAAUAAUGUAUUUUGUGGUGGUAAAUAUGUGGCAGAACUGUAAUGAGAAAAAUACAAGUAUGAUGGAAAAUAGUAUAUUUACAUGAUAACUUUCUAAUGGCUUUUUACUGAGCAUCUAUCAGGUUUUUUGCCACUGCCCUCCCACCAACCCAUAACAAAUCUUAACUGUGGUUACUGAGAGUUUAAGUACUUCUAUCCUUGAAAUGGGGGCUUCUUUGAAAUACUAAAGAAGUCACUGAGUACUAUACAUUUGAAUUGUAUAUUCUAAUAAGGAAAAGAUUCAGACUUUUCAAGGUCAGGAUCAUAAUCACACAUCAGUGCCUUCUACGGAUACCGUAAGACUUCAGUGGAGUAAAUAAUAACUUGACAGCUAUAUAUCAGGACACAUUUUAUAUGGUCUAUUUGUGUAGUUAAAAAAUAAGACAGUAUUCACAUGUCUUGGUUUUCAUGAACAAAAAGGGUAAUUAGCUACAGAUUCCAUUGACCUUAAACAUAUCAUACAUUUGGAUGUAUACACAAUAGAGGACACACACGAAAACUCCUUUUAGUUAUUGAAACAAAUAGCCUGUAUUCUCUUUGGAAAUCGUUUACUUAAAUUUGAUAUUGAAAUACCAUAUUUUUGUGAUUCAAUGUAUUUUCCUAUUUGCAAGUCUGUGUAAAAGUGACAUGUAUUUUCAGUGAACCUUGUGCCAAUUUAGCUUAUAAUAAAAAGUGGUCUAGUCUGUCAA